UCAGAAACCCAGCCAGUCACCAGGGCAUGGCCUUCCAUCUCCUCUUACUUCACCAAAUCCACUGCAGCUGGUUAAUAAUCCACUAGCAAGUCAAGCAGCAGCAGCAGCUGCAGCAGCAGCCAUGGGCUCAAUAGCAAACUCCCAGGCCUUUGGAAACGCCCUCUCCAGUCUUCAGGGGGUCACAGGCCAGCUCGUCACUAAUGCACAAGGACAGAUUAUUGGAACAAUCCCACUGAUGCCUAAUCCAGUCCCGUCCAGCCAGGCGGCAGGUGGAGCUCAGGGACUUCAGGUGCAGCCGAUAACUCCACAGUUACUGACCAAUGCCCAGGGCCAGAUCAUCGCCACUGUCAUCGGCAACCAGAUACUCCCAGUGAUCAAUACCCAGGGAAUAACACUAUCGCCGCUCAAACCAGGCCAGCAGCUCCAUCAGCCCUCCCAGACGCAAGUGGGACAAGCAGCCUCACAAUCCAAUCUCCUGCAUUUGGCUCACAGUCAAGCAUCUAUGUCUCAAAGCCCAGUGCGUCAGGCUUCCUCUUCUUCCUCCUCAUCCUCCUCCUCUUCAGCUUUGAGUGUUGGCCAGUUAGUCAGCAAUCCUCAGACAGCCACUGGAGAAGUGGAUGGGGUAAAUCUGGAAGAAAUACGAGAAUUUGCCAAAGCUUUUAAAAUCCGGCGCCUGUCCCUUGGCCUGACACAGACUCAAGUUGGCCAAGCCCUAAGCGCCACCGAAGGCCCAGCCUAUAGCCAGUCUGCCAUCUGCAGACACACCAUCCUGAGAAGCCACUUUUUCCUACCACAGGAAGCCCAAGAGAACACUAUAGCUAGCAGUCUGACAGCCAAACUGAACCCUGGCCUUUUGUAUCCUGCCAGGUUUGAAAAGCUGGACAUCACCCCUAAAAGUGCCCAGAAGAUAAAGCCGGUGCUUGAGCGGUGGAUGGCUGAGGCUGAGGCCCGCCAUCGAGCAGGGAUGCAGAACCUUACCGAGUUUAUUGGGAGCGAACCAUCCAAAAAGCGCAAGAGGCGUACCUCAUUCACGCCACAAGCCCUUGAAAUCUUGAAUGCCCACUUUGAGAAGAACACGCAUCCCUCUGGGCAAGAAAUGACAGAGAUUGCAGAGAAACUGAACUAUGACCGGGAAGUAGUUAGAGUUUGGUUCUGCAAUAAGAGGCAAGCACUGAAGAACACAAUUAAACGUUUGAAACAGCACGAGCCCGCGACAGCAGUUCCUAUGGAGCCUUUAACAGACUCUCUGGAAGAAAACUCCUAAACGCAAAACAAAACAAAGCCAAAUCACACAGAAAAAAAAAAACAACCCCACACCAACCGAAACGUGUCCGUUUGAACUCUGUGAAAAUUCCUAUUCAUCACCCUUGUAAGUAAAAGACUGAGAAAACUACAAGAAGGACAGAACAGUUUAUAAAUGUCCGUGGGUUUUCCUAUUUAAAAAAAAAAAAAACAAAACAAAAAAAAAAUACACAACACUUAGAGUGUGUGUGGUAGAAUUAGUUCCCAAAAAAUCCCGAAAAAGCCAGUUUUUUUAAAUGGACUUAAAGUAAACCAAAUAACUGCUUAAUUUUUUCUGUAUAUUAUGAAAAUAUGAACACAUU